CAGCGCGCGGCACGCCGACCGGCACGAUGGCCUCGUCUCAGGGGAAGAACGAGCUGAAAUUCGCCGACUGGAUGGCAACUCUGCCGGACAGCAUCCACAGCAUCCCCCUCACCAAUUUAGCCAUCCCAGGAUCUCAUGAUUCCUUCAGCUUCUACAUUGAUGAAGCCUCUCCAGUAGGGCCUGAACAGCCAGAAACGGUCCAGAAUUUUGUCUCUGUGUUUGGAACUGUAGCCAAAAAGCUGAUGCGGAAAUGGUUAGCCACUCAAACAAUGAACUUUACUGGUCAACUAGGAGCUGGGAUCCGUUAUUUUGAUCUUCGAAUCUCCACCAAGCCUAGGGACCCCGACAAUGAACUUUACUUUGCUCAUGGUUUGUUCAGUGCCAAAGUCAAUGAAGGCCUUGAGGAGAUUAAUGCAUUCCUCACAGAUCACCAUAAGGAGGUAGUAUUCUUGGACUUCAACCAUUUUUAUGGGAUGCAGAAAUAUCACCAUGAAAAACUGGUCCAGAUGCUGAAAGACAUCUAUGGAAACAAGAUGUGCCCAGCGAUUUUUGCCCAGGAAGUUAGUCUAAAGUACCUGUGGGAGAAAGACUAUCAAGUGCUGGUCUUCUACCAUAGUCCAGUGGCUCUGGAAGUGCCCUUUCUCUGGCCUGGGCAGAUGAUGCCAGCACCCUGGGCCAACACCACUGACCCGGAAAAACUGAUCCAGUUUCUUCAGGCGUCCAUCACUGAGAGAAGAAAGAAGGGCUCGUUUUUUAUAUCUCAGGUGGUACUGACCCCCAAAGCCAGCACUGUGGUCAAAGGAGUGGCCAGUGGUCUCAGAGAAACAAUCACAGAAAGAGCUCUUCCUGCCAUGAUGCAAUGGGUCCGCACACAGAAGCCAGGAGAGAGUGGCAUCAAUAUUGUCACAGCUGAUUUUGUAGAACUUGGUGAUUUCAUCAGCACUGUCAUAAAGCUCAACUAUGUUUUUGAUGAGGGAGAAGCCAACACUUGAUAGUACCAUUUGGAGCAUCCACGAGUAAGAUAGAGAAGAUUCAUUGUAUUAGGCCUAUUAUCUAUAAACACUCUGAUCUUCCUAUUCCACUGAGUCUCUGAGGGGAAUAGGCUGGUAGUGGGUGGGAAAAGGGGGAAUCCAUUCCUUCAGUGAUGAAUAUCAUACUCUGCAUUACUAUAAAUAUUUCAUUUCCCAUUUGAUGAGCAAAAUCUGCUUCUAGUGUUAGGGAUAAAAAAAGACCAGUGAAUUUUGUUUUUCAGAAUUAGUCUUUGUAAUGUAUAACUCAUGAGUGUUUACUUGAUUGUGUUUCUGAAUUCAACCUUAAGGCUUCUCCACUGUUUCCACUAACUUAACCUUUCCACUCCCUCUUUCACUGGCUCUUUUUAAUCAGCUGCCAUUUGGGACUCAAUACAAUUGAACACCCAACAUAAUGUGUAUUACAUUGUUGUACUGAAAUUUGUUUUUGUGAGACUUGGUAUAAUAUAAUAUUCUAUAGUCAUCUGCAAUUGGUCGAUCCUUGCUAACUUUUGGUCAUAGAAAAUAUGCAUCAAAUCAGUUUCCCUGCAUCAGUAAUAUUGGAGGCCAUAAUCAGCAAUUUUUGUGUAAUAUGAAUAUAACAGUGUUUCACAGUGUUUCUAUUUAAGGCAGCUAUAAAUAUAGAGUAAAAACUUUUUUGAAAGAAUGAUUAGUGCCAACCCUGUAGUGAAAAAUGGAGGAGGGAGAAGAGAUAAAUGCCAUUUUAAUUCAGGAAUCUCUUAAGUAAUACUGUACUGCAGACGCUCAGUAAGUAAAAAAUUAUGACAAACAUGUUAAAAUCAGGAAACUCUGAACUCUUACAAAAUCUCCCCUAUUAAUUCUCUUGAUUAAAAAAAGGGAAGGAGGAAAAGAAAGAAGAAUGAAAUGAAAGAUUGUGUCCUACCAAAUUGGCCUUUCCAAACAUGCAAUUCUAAAUCCCAGAUUUUGAGGAACAUAUUUUGAAGAAGCUUCAAUUCAAAUUUUUACUUGACAUUGAGGAAAGAGAAAGAAGAGAAAGAAGUAAAACAGUUUCUGAAACCAUGUAGAGUGUAAAACCUUAAAGGAUCCAUGAAAUGUUUUUAGGAGAUGCUUAAAUACAUGUGGUGUGAGCAGACGCACUGAAAAUUACACUGACUUGUCACUUCUGGGUCCUAUUGUACCCCAGAAUCCCCUGGAGCUGAGGCAAAACUUUUGCAGAAACUUUUUGUGUCCCAACAUUGAUAGUCCACACCUAUAAAGAAGAAAAAUGAUAACUCAACUUUGAGGCUUGUAUCCUCCUUAGUGUCUUUAUGAUAUUUGGUGACUUUAAAAGAUUCAAAAAAGAGCACAAAAACCCUUACCUGUGUGCCUCACAGGAAUAUUGUGAGGCAUUUCUAAAAAUCUAUAAAUUGCUGAAAUUCUUAUAAGUAUGAGUAGUUUUAACUUCAUAUUUAGAAAUAAUGACACCUCAAUAGUUUCCUGGAAAUGCAGUCCAUGCAAAGUAGGGCCACAGAGAAAUAAAAGCAUGCCCUUAGUUUUUAAUCAAUUUAAGCAUAGGACCUGUGGUUUAAUCUCUUACAACUAAGUAAGGGGGUUGAUCCCAAGAAUAUGUCAAGAUUAUGAAUAAUCAAGAGCUAGUUAUAAGAUUAUAAAUACUCAUUGUCAGAAAUCGUAUUUUUUAGCUGCUGCAGGGAGGAAAGAUAACAUUUUUACACUGAAGAGAAUGUUAUGAAGAGUGUGUAGUUCUGCUUGGGAGAAGCUGCAGUUGCAUACAUUUGUGCAAUUGUGUGUCUGCAUCAUGCCACACGCAGUAUGCCGACACAUACCCACACUUGCCGGCGGACAGACACAAGUGCACACAGACACACACAGACACGGGCAAGUAUAACCACAGGUCUCCCUUUCAAGGGAAAAUACUGAGAAUAUUAAAUCAUUUAAUUCUGAGACUGAAACCCUUAACAAGGCAUGAAAAGAGUGGUGAAGACCUUCGAAAGUAGAGUAGCUGAUCAUAUCCAAAUAUUUUUGUAAAAAUAUUCCAGCUUGGGACUUAAUUAUUUAUGAAUAUAGUUUUCUUUCCGCCUUCCCUCCUCUUGCAGUUUAAUGUCUUUUUAACUCUUUCACCUGCUCUUAAUGUACAGGUGAAUAGGAGUCCUUUUUAAAGGACUAUGGAUUAUUGAAAUUUACAUCCUGUCAAUUUGCUUUGUAAGCAGAUUUUUCUCUGACAAUUCAUUAUUCAUCCCUCAGGAGGAUCUUUAGCCAAGCACACUUGCAAUGACACAAGGACUUAACUUAUAAAUAUGACAGAAAACAAAUCUUUUAACAUAUUAAUGAGGAAUGAAUAAAAUAUAGGGGUAACUAUGUUGUAUUGAACUUAGAUGCUUUCUUAUCAUAUUUGCUUAGAGUUAGCUUUGCCAUAUUUGUCAUUUGGGUGCUGGAAAAAACAAACACACUGAAGCAUUAGACUAAUUGUGCAGUUUUUUACAGGAGACCGCUUUUUAUUGCUAUUAAUGAUAUGCACACAGAAACCUUGUUGAACAAAAGGUACUUUCAAGUCAAUAUUACGGUUUCCAUGUGGACAUGCAGUCCCAAUGUAGCAGGCACCAAGAAUAAACGGACUUGCCUUAAUUUCUAAAGGGGGGAGAAGGCAGAAGUGGACCAUGGGUCCUUCAGCUAGAGGGAAAGCCACCAGGAGGGUGUCCUUGGAACGGGGAAUGGAGAGAAGGUGCCUUUGGCUGUCUUCUGCCCACUGGUUCUGCCCUGGAGCAGAUUUAGGGAGCAGGCUGUGGGCUUUAAAUAAAAAGUGAGGGUGAGGACUAGUAUUAUGCAACCAGAGCUUACCCUCAGCCUCUGCUCCUUUGUCUUAACAGGGCAUUUUCUUUCCAGAGAGCCAGGAGCGCAAGGGCUACAAAUUGGCCCCAAGAUGUAAGUGCAUCUUAGUGCACUUUUUGUUUGGCUUUUUCUUAGACUUUAUGUCACAAGUCCUGCAAGAUGAAAACAGAAGCAAAAUCCAACUUUUACCUGAUCUGCAGCAGGAAAUCAAAGGAGUGGGUGGGAUGAGGGAAAAAUAUGCAAAGAAUAUCAUUUUUUUGGUUUGCUUUCCUGUCUGUAGUUUUGAAGGACCGAAAUGGUGAAUACUCCGCCAUUAUCAUUUAUGUCUCCCUUAUUACCACACAUUCAUAUGAGUGCAGAGAAUGAGGAGGCAUCUUUGAAAAGCCUUAGGAUAUUUUAUAUGAUGACCUCAAGAUUCACUUUAGCCAUACUGGAAAAACUCAUUUUUCAUGGAGCACCAUCCAACAAUGAAUGUACUAGAGCAUUAAGUGUUUGGCAUGUAUGUGCCUGUGUGUGUACACACAUGCAAACACACACACACACAACAGGAUGCACAUUGCAUGCACACACAUUAUUCAAGUUACAGCUGCACUCUCUUAUCACCCAACCUGACUCUAUUGCCACUUUAACUCUUAAAAUCAGUAUUUACUACAUAAUGGGCAUAAACAUAAUUCAGAUAUUCAAAUAUUCAACAGGAGAAAAAAAUCACUAGAAGACCAGUGAAAAAUGAUACCAUCAUAAAUAAGAAAUGACAAGCAGUGAUAGUCUAAAUACAUUGUCAAUUAUGCUUCAAGCUAGAGAAUUGAAGAUGGACUUGAAUCAAAAUUACAAACACUCAUCUUGACUUAGAGCUGUUUUCAGUUCUUUGAGGUCCUGGUGUGUUUGAGCCAGGAUUACCUGUUCAGGUUCUCCCCUAUUAGCAUUCCAGACUGGAAAGUUGGAAGUCUCAGGAAGUGCUUGUUCACGCGAGUUUCCAGUUCUAUAGUUUCACAGAUGCAAUGAUGCAACCUCCUAACCUUUGGUUGUUCAUCCAAAUGAGACAUUCAUAGGUAGAGUGCUUGAAUUUUGAAUUGCUAACAGAAAAUAAUGUACAGUACCCCUCAGGAUAUGCUAAACAAGGUUUUUAAAAAGUAUUUUAUUUGACAUCAUUUUUAGUCUUUUUGACUAGAUUACAGUGACACAGUGGUGUAGAUGCUAUAUUUGCCAUAAUUUAUUGGUGGCUCCUGUGUUACAUACAGUUUUAAAUAAUGCUCUCAAUUGUUUGUUUUCCCAAUGACAUCAAUAGAAUGUUCUGUAGAAUUUGUAAAAUGUAUUGAUUGAGUCUAUUGAAAAUUGUGCAGUUUUUAUUUCAUUUGUGGUACGAAUUUAUAGGUAUUAGUUCUAUAUGUAUAUUUGUAUGAGUCAAAAGUAUGUGCUUGUAUGUGAUUUGUGUGUUAAUACAUUGUAUCUUAUCAAAAAUUAUCUUAUCAAACUUAUCCUAAAGAAAAAGGGCACAUUAUGACCAGCCUUAA